AUGGAUGACGUCGUCCGCUCGUUCGGCAGGGGCGUGUCCCGCGCUGCUCGCAGCGUCCGCAAAAAGGUCCAGCGAGACCAACCUUCGUCCGAUACCUUCUCCUCGGCCGCCGCCUCGUCGCCGGGCCCAUCUCUGGCCGCUGCGUCUCCCAGCGCCGAGGCCACCGCACAUGCUCAUCAUCUUCAUACUCACCCUCAUGCUCUUGCACCAACAUCCGCCCCCGCAUCAAACACUCAACCCGAUCUCGAGGCCCAACAUCCGACUCAAACGGCGACUCAUUCGCAAUACACGGCCGUGCCGCUUGCCUCGCCGCCGCCCUUCACCCCGACUGCACCGGAGCCGGCUUCGUUGCCUGCCCACAACGUGCCGCCUCAUAACCAUGUCCUCCCUACGCUGACUCUUGGCCCAUCAGCUCAAUACCCGAAUCACGACAAUGCACCUCCUCAUGCAGCUCUUACCACUCACUCAAUCGUCAUCCCAUCCACCUCUGACGCCCAGGCCUUGACCAACAAUAUUACUACCCAAACCCUCACCGUCCCAGGCACUCAGUCUCAGCCCGUGUCGCCGUUGUCACCUCCACCGGCUGCGCUUCACUCACCCAGCACAGCUCAGCCCUCUCCCUCGUUCACUCCAUCUGCCAUAUCUUUCGCACCGCAGAUCCAUCCUAAUUCCCCGUCACCUCAACCGCUCAACCUCUCGGCCGCCGCCUCGCCCGCUCAGUACAUACCCUCACCUCUCGAGUCACCCCUCCCGCUCGAGCUCGAGCAGCAAAUCUCCGGCAAAGAUGGCGGCUCGAUCCGGCCCCAGAGCGCCCGGCCUCGCACAUCCCGAUCCCGGCGGGACUCGGUCAUUGAGAAAGUCGCCUCCCUGGACCCCCGCCGCCGCCCCCGCAGCAUCGGCCCCAAGACGGGCAACAGCCUCAUGGACCUCCCCCCCGAACUGCACCUUAUGAUCAUCGACUACCUCGAGUUCGGUGAGCUUGAGAACCUGCGCCGCACCUGCCGCUUCUACCGCAACUUCCUCACGAAACAGACCAUUCGGGACCUCUUUGGCGAACAGUUCCGUCUCGCCUUGCUGGCGCACUGUUAUAUUUGCCUAAAGUACGACCCUACGCGUGGAAGCCUGCUCUGGGCCGACUACAACCACCCGCGCUACCCGCUCGCCAGUAAGUGCGUCGACUGUGCGUACCAGGAGGACGAACUGGCCGUGGGCAAGAAGGUGGCUCUGGGGAACUACGCCAGCGUGUGGAUCUGCCGGUGGUGUGGCUAUCCCGUCGCGAGCGCCGCGGCGCCCAACCAGCCCGAGUUUCACAAGGAAUGCUAUAGCCAUUAUAAUAACGUUCUCCUUGUAUAUUUCGUCUUGGGCUGGAUUCAGAUAAGUCUUGGUAUUGUCGCCUCUGGCCUGUGCUGGAGGUUCUUCCGAGACGAAACCUUGGUCUUGGUGGCUGCCAUUGUCAACUUCGUUUUGCUGUGGUGGUGCCUGGCCUUUCUUGUUGUCAGAGGCGAGCACAAGCGCACAUAUCACUUUACUGGUAUACUCGAAGCAGCGAUCCUCGGCCUCUGGUGUUUGCCUCUUUACGUUCUUGUCAACGACGUGGAAGGCGGCGUAGAAGGGGCCUGGGAUAGAAGGGUUCUCGUGACCCUGAUCUUCAUUGUGCUGAACAUGGCUUUUCGCAUGUUGAACCUCCUCGGCAACAUCAUUCUCACGCUCGAGUGGCGACACUUUGCGCGCAAGAAGCCAAGGCUCACGCCGGCUGGCCGGUUCGCCAACACGGUGCUGGCCCUCCUCGUUUACUGGACCUAUCCGCAGGCCGUCGAGCAGGAAUAUCCCCCGCAGUACCACUUCAUCAACACCGGCCGACGGCGUGUCAAGAGAAUCCUCGCCGAGAGGAAUGCCCAGCGGCAGCGGGAGCGGCUGCAAAUAAUGACCAUGAUGUACUGA